UUCUCUCUCCUCUAUACAAUUUCUCGUUAAUUUUUAUUAUUAUUUGUGGAAUUUGUUUUGACUUUUGAAUGAAUGACUCUGAAAUUAUGUAAAUGAUCACUUUUUUUUUUCACAAUUAAUUUCUCCAUCAUUUAUGAAACUUUGGGUCAAUUGUGAUUGCGCAAGGAGAAUCGAAAGAAAACACAAUUUGUUCAAUGUCAGGAGAUUUGAUUUUGGGUCAUGGAUAUCUCCCUAAGACGUUUAAGCAACUAAACUAGUUGUCAUUGACUAAGAUUAAUUUUGUGAAUACUCUUUGUAAUUGAUAGAGUAUAAAACAUAUUCCAUCGACCUUUUGGUUGAGUUGGUCUUUUAACAUGGUAUCAGAGCAAGCGUGACACAAAAGUCACGGGUUCAAAUCUCAUCCACCCCGACUUUUAAGCGGAAUAUUUCGCGCAAGGUAUGCGGGGCCCAUGCUGCAUCCACAUUUCAAGCCUAAAGGGCUCUCAUGUGAAGGGGCGUGAUAAAGUAUGAAACAUAUUAUUGGGCCUCAACCAUCAGCUUAAGCUUUUGGUUGAGUUGGUCCUUUAACAGUCUCUAGGAUAGUUUCCUAGUUGUGGUAUAACUUUGUAUAUCAAUAUAUCAUAAAUAUUUAAUGGGAGCCCAAAAACUAGCUUAUAAUUAUGGGCAAUUAGUUAGCUGGGUUACAUGCUAAAUUUGGCUAAGGUUUGAACAAUAACAAAUGAUUGAGGGUCUUGAUCUUUAACUCACAAUUUAUGAGAAUUUGGAAAGGUGAAUAAGAUGAACCUAGUUGGUUCAUAUUGUUACUACUCGCGGUCCUUUGUACAAUUCAAUUUGGGUGUAGACAUCUGAAAAAAUGUCAUGCUAUCCAUUAGCUCUUCAAAGAUGACAUUAAUAACCAGUACUUGCCUACCUUCCAACCAUGAUAGACCUAUUAGAGUUUCAUCUAUUUCACCGUUUCCUAUUACUAUAUAGCUAUGUGACAAAUAUUUGCCAGACUAGAAGGAGCUGAACAUGUAAGCUAAAUUUCAUUAUAGCAUGUCCUAAAAUUUCGUCAGAACUUUCAUUUAUCGAACUCUUGAUGUGUAAAAAAAAAAAUUGAUAUACAGCUUGCAAAGCUCUAGAAUAAAUUAUUGUAAACACAGCGAACUUGCCCAUGCUCUUUCCAACUGUACAAUGUGUAUAAUAAUUCAUACAACGUAUAAAACUCCUUACUGGUUGAUCAUUUAACGGUAAAAUUAGAUAUCAAUCAUAAAUUUGAUAUCCAUAAACCUUCAUGGUGCUGAAGAUUGUCCUGGAAAAUAGCUCAUGGCCUCUCACAGUGGGCGGUGUUUGAGUUUGUGGUGUUUAUCAUCGAUGCCAUCAUUCAUGUCAAUAAUAGUUCUUUCACUGCAUUGAUUGGCAAGAGCUUGUGAAACUGUAGAAAUGUUGGCUACCUCUACAUGAAAUUCCUCAUAUACCUGUAUAAGUUAAGUUUUGGCUAUUUUUUUCCCCUCUCAUUUUUGUCUUUAUUGAGUAUACUACAGCAAAUAGCUUAGGGAUUAAGAGAAAAUAUUUUUGAUUAUCAGAUUCUGAGAAUCUGAGAUACAACAGGAUCAUUAGCAAAUAUUUUUGAUUAUCAGAACCUAGGAUUAUUGAUUAGCAAAAUGAGAGGGGUCCAUGAUAGUUAUAUGUUCUUAGGUCCAUGGAGAUGGUUUGAUGAUUCUAUGUUAAAUUGUUGUGAGCCUGUGGAGAAAAUUAUGGCUAAUGGUACCACUUUUAGCAAAGUUGCAUGCCUGGCUCAUUGUAAUGGAGCAGAAGUAGAAGCAUUUCACACAAAUGAUAGUGCAAUGGACAACUUCCGGAGCUAUGUGAUUUCUAGUUCUUCUUCUGAAAAUUUUCACAUGAUCGUCUCUUACCACAGAGCAUAUCUGAAACAGACAGGAAGUGGUCAUUUUUCUCCAAUUGGUGGUUACCAUGCUGGAAAUGAUAUGGUUCUUAUUUUAGAUGUUGCUCGAUUCAAGUACCCUCCUCAUUGGGUGCCCCUCGCACUUUUAUGGGAUGCUAUGAACACAGUUGAUGAAGCUACUGGACUUUAUAGGGGAUUCAUGCUUCUAUCAAGGCCUCAGAGAGCAUCAUCAAUUCUGUAUACUCUGAGUUGUCGUUAUGAUGGCUGGGACACUACGGCUAUGUACUUAACUAAAGAGGUUCCACAGCUUGUAUCUUCUAAAGAAAUCAAUAACAUUCAAGAUAUACUAUCUGUUAUAUUUUCAUCAGCUCCUGCAAAUCUGAGUUAUAUCAUAAAUUGGGUUGCUGAAGUUCGAAUACAGGAAGGUGAGAGUAAUUUUGUUAGUGAAGAGGAACGGGGAAGGUUGAGCAUCAAGGAAGAGGUUUUGAAACAAGUACAAGAAACAGAACUUUUUAAACACAUGAUAAUAUGGCUUUCAUCUGGAGCAGAUUUCAUGUGCAAUCCAAAUUUGGAUGGUCAUAAUUCUAUAGACAAAAUUGCUUCCGAAGUGUGCUGUCAAGGUGCUAAAGUUUUCCGUGGCAAGGUUGGCUCUUGCAAUGCAACUUGCUGUAGAACAGCAGAAUUGAGAUCCUCAGACUGUGACAUUGUUGAUUCUUCCACUGUAAUUUCUGGCAAAGUGAUUGUGGAAAAUUCUGAAUGUGGAGUAGAAAUGCUGGUCCCGUACUGUCAAAGAGAUUCUGGUUGUUCUAAUAGGCACCAUCCAUCAGUGGUUGAUGCUCUAACCAUAUUAAUUUUUACCCUGCCUCCUGAUACAUGGUAUUGUCUUAAAAAUCCAAAGCUGCGAGAAGACUUUUGUAGUAUAGUGCUCACCAACAAUCUCCCGGACUUACUCCAACACGAGAUACUGCACUUGCGAAAACAGCUGCAUUACCUUGUGGCUGAUGUCUGUUCUUCUUCGACAUAGUAUGGUAACUACUGGUGCUUCUGUUUGAACUUCCAUCUAUAGUAGCUGUUAACUUUAUGCCCCUUGCUUGAAAAGAAGAUAUUUGAUGACGUUUUACUUUUGAAGUCAUUGAUAUGUAUGAACAUAUUAUAACAACAGGGAUUUAGAAAAAUUCUGUGUGAAAUAAGAGAAAUCAUGGAUAUUGAAUGCCACUGCAUUUGUUAAAUCAAUAAUCAGUCUAUCUUUAGCGAUUGUUA